CGCGCGGCAGGCAGAAGGCGUGUCAUGGCGUCAUCACCGUGCGACCCCUUUCCCGGAGACAGGCGUCCACGGUACUGAGUUGGUCACAAUGGCAGGUGAAGAAAUGAGUGAAGACUAUCCCGUAGAAAUUCAUGAGUCUUUAACAGCCCUGGAGAGCUCCCUGGGUGCUGUGGAUGACAUGCUGAAGACCAUGAUGUCUGUUUCUAGAAAUGAGUUGUUGCAGAAGUUGGACCCACUAGAACAAGCAAAGGUGGAUUUAGUUUCUGCAUAUACCUUAAAUUCAAUGUUUUGGGUUUACUUGGCAACUCAAGGAGUUAAUCCCAAGGAGCAUCCAGUGAAGCAGGAAUUGGAAAGAAUUAGAGUCUACAUGAACAGAGUCAAAGAAAUAACAGACAAGAAGAAGGCUGCCAAGCUGGACAGAGGUGCUGCUUCAAGAUUUGUCAAAAAUGCACUCUGGGAACCCAAACCAAAAAACACACCAAAAGUAGCUAAUAAAGGGAAAAGUAAACACUAAUCUUUUGGUUUUGAUGUACAUGUUUUCAAAAAGUACAUCAUUUUUAUCAGUUUACAAUGUAGUUAUGUGACCAUGCAGUGUUUAAAUGGAUUCCUUUUUGAAUUCAUGUAUAAAUUUACACAUUAAAUUUGUGAUACCAAAUCUUUUUUUUGCUGAGAAAGAUUAAGUUGUCUUUAUUGAUUUUCAUAUAAAGCAUCAUGAUGUUUUUAAUAUUGUAAGAUAUUCUAUAAGCAAUUGUGAAAUCCAAAUGUUCUUUGUAAACAUUUGUAGUGUUUUAAGUGAAUAAUGAUAUUAUGAAGUGUGCUGUCUCUAGACUGGAGUUAUAAGGACAUCUGUUUUUAGUAAUGAUGAGAAAUGUAAUGUCUUAAAUACUCUGUUUUCUGUUCAGUUAGUGCAACAUGUUUCUGUGAUUUUUUUUUUUUUUUUUGAGUAAUUGCUGUCUUGAUAUUCACAGUGCAAAAUUGAAACCUUAAGGCUGGACUGUAAUUCUUCAUGUUCCAUUUAAAAUAAAAUAAUUCUCAUUAACACUGA